AUGGAACGAGGAAAAAUUAAUAACUGUGUUAAAAAGUUUGGGUUAGUUAAAAAGCUAUCAAUUAAACCUCAACAUAAAUACAAAUCAGUGAAAACUACGAUUCAUUUAUUAAGAAGCGAACGUACGCCAACAUGGUUAGGAAGAAGCAAUAUCAAUAUGUGCAUAGAUGGAAAGAAACGGUUUCCAGGAGAUACAAGUUUAUCUGAUAUACGUAAGAUGUAUAGUUAUGAUGAUGUAAUAUUAGGUGCAACUAUUGAAGAAAGUUUGAAGAAGGAAGGUUUGGAUGGGACGUGGACAAUACCUCAAAAGAGAAAAAUUUUUAACAAUAUAAUUUCUUUGCAAAAUGAGCCGCUGCAGCUGAUACCAGCCGACGUCAACAAGAAUAAGAUAGUUGUAUCUAAGGAGAGUGAUACAAUAGAAAAGGAUCAGGAAGAGCGUGUCCAGAUUGGUGAAACUGAAGUUAAUAAUACAGACAAGGUUUCUUGGACGAAGAAAAACCAUUGUACUACAAAAAUCUUAAAGAUUAUGUGGAACCGGAAAAAGUGGUGGAAGUAA